AUGUUUUUGGACAAGCUUGAAGCAAAAAUCAAAGAUUCAAUAUCUGAAAGCACGCAUACUGAGUGUAUGAAAACAUUUAAUGAAAUAAGAUGUUUGGGUGCCAAGGAAACGAUGGCGCUGCUUUUGAGCAGUGAAGACACAGCAUUUUCUGUGCUUUCGUCAUCUCCAGAAGUGUUGAAUGAAGAUGAACUGAUAGGUUUGCUUUUCUGCUCAAGCAGCUACUCUAGAUACAAAAGUGCGGAGAUUUUGACGAGAAUGUAUGCCAACAAGGCACAUAGGAAAGAGUAUUUGUCGUUUUUCAAACAGAUGCUCAAAGAUAAUGCGUCCUAUGACGAAGGCAAUUACUUGCUCUGCUUGUUGAUAGAUUUUUUAUCAUACAAGUCGAAUUCGGAGUUUAGUGUUGAUUCAAGAAAGUUGGAUCUCAUGUCAAGCAGAAUGUUCAAGGACAUUCUUAAUGUUUUUGUUUUUGUAAAGGAGGUCCAGUACAAUGCGCUUAUGAUUGUCCUCAUAGCCUCAUACAGCGAGGAGUGUGUCCAGAAGAUGGAUAAGCUGAUUGAUGAUGUUGUUGUAGUGAUGAAAGAUAAGACCAGGGAGAAGAUCCUCAGGGUUUGCUAUGCAAUCAUUGCAAACAUUCUUGACCAGGGAUAUGUUUUUUCACCUGGCCGAUUCAACUACAUCUGCCGAUGUACUGAGUUGGUUUUAGAAAGUGGAUACGGAGAUGUGGAUUUGAUUGCAGAUCUUAAGAAGGUAAAGAGCAAGAUAAUGCAAAACAGAGAAACUUUCUGCAUUCGAAAUUAUCUCAACGAGCUGUUUUCAGGCCGCUUUGAAGAUUCAGAAUACCAUCACAGAGAAGACUUCUGGACUGCAAAUCUUGAGAUGCUGAUGAAGAACAAAGUUGAGAUAAUCAAAGUUUUGAAGAAGUACUUAAAAUCAAACAAUCCUUCAUGGAUAUGCCUUGCAUGUAAUGACAUUUUCCAGAUGGCCAAGGUAUCGCCAGAUAUAAAUGUCCUACUGAAUAAGUAUCAGGUCAGAGAGGUUCUUUUUGGGUUGGUGCAUAGUGAAGACGAUGAUGUAAAGUUUCAUGCGAUUCAGGCUCUUUACAUGUGCAUCUCUUCUGAAUGGAGUUGA